AUGGACUCGGAUGGCGAGGAUGAUACGCCUCCGCUCCUUGCUGCGGCAUACGAAGGUGAUGCGCACGCUCUGCGUCGGGCGAUCGCGGACGGCGCCGAUCUUCAUGUCGAGGACGAAGAGAAUUAUACGGCCCUUCAUUGGCUCGUCAACAAUACACCGCAGGGUAACGACGAGCUACGAAUUGCCUGCAUCUCUGCGUUGUUGGACGCGGGAGCCGACGUGAACCCUGGUCUCUGCGUAGGUACCUACGUCAGGCUACGUAGGUACCUACGCAGGUCGUGGAGGCCGUAGGUACCUACGUAGGUACAUUUGGAGAAGUUACCUACGUCAGGCUCCACCUACGCAGAGACCAGGACGUGAACAGACUGGGGGGGCUUCAUGAUUUUGAUCGUGACCAAAUUCCGGGCACGCCUUUGAUGGAUGCCGUAUUUCUGUGUGAGCCUAAUCCAGGCAGUUGUGCUGCGGAACGUACGAUCAUCGACAUGCUACCAGUACGCGCGGGCGCGGACCCGAAUAUUGCCUCCGCCGACAGCUUUACACCUCUGCAUAUGGCUGCAGUUUGGGGAUACUGGCACAUUGUUCCUGUUCUGCUUGCCGCCGGCGCCGAGGUGAACGCCAUUUGGCCUAGUAGAGAUACUGAUGAAAGGGGGGACCCCCUUGACUAA